GACUUUACCGUAGAGCGCCGAUGCCGUCCGCGGCACACGCGUCCUGCCCUUCCGCGAGUCAACUCCUCUUUCUCGCGUAGCAAACAUACAUAACCUCACCAUAAGAUAAAUAUAUCAACGUGCGUGCAUUCCUGUGUUUACAACGUCAACUUUACAUUAUCACGCCUAGUGAGGAAUAUAAUUCAGGUGUCGUUUGCGUGCACGUACACCAUGCGAAAAGCAACGCUGAAAUACGGCUGCUGAGCGAACCAGCAAGAGAGGCAAGGCAGCAGUAAAAACGUGAAAGAGAGAGAGAAGGAACGAAGAGAGCGAGCUGAUCGUUGUUUACGUUCAAAAUGUGGGCGCUGCUAGUCGCUGGUCUUCUCUUCGCGGCGAAGGUGCAGGCAUCCUUCAACCUCUUCCUCAGUCAGGCCGAGGUUCGCAAACUUAUGGGUUUGAAAGCUGAAUUAUUCUACGUGCGCGCUGGCGUGGUGAACGAGUACGCGAUGAAGUUCAUCGUGCCAGUGCCAGCUCAAGUGCACAAACUACACUUCACGUGGGAGAAUCUCGCUGGCAGACCGCUUCCCUACACAGUCUUCGCCGACAUAAGCGACCCAGUAGUACUUUCUACGUCGUUCAACAUCUCCGACACAGGUGACAUCCCAGUAGGUGGAAUCCAAACUUGGGCCAUGGCAAUGCAUUGCGGUCCAUACGACGCAGAAGUGGAUUUGACACUUCAUAUAAACGUGUCUUUGACGCGGCGUAACGUCACAAGCUUGGAAUUCAAGCGCAAGAAAAUCUGUCUGAAAGAUCAGAGUCAUUAUCCUGGCCCCGAGGAAGUAUCAGUUGCUGCAUCCGGCAGCAGCUCCGGCGGACAGAUUUUCUAUGCGGCCGUCGGCUGUGCUUGCGCUUUUAUUGCUGCUAUUUGCGUACUCUUGCUAGCCUAUUACGUCAGGGAUAAGAAGGCGAGGAGGCACCGAGAACCUUUGCAAGAAUCGCGAGGACUAGGCUCGGCAUGCAGCGUCGAACGAGGAACCGGCAUUGGACCUGCCCAGACUUUCCUGUCGCCGGAAACGCCACCGCCACCAUCCGCAGCUUCCGUGUCGACCUAUAGACGACUGGACGAUAGAUCCAAUCGGGAUCUUUAUGAAAGGAUUCAAGAGUGCCCCGUGCAGAGAUGUCGAGUGAGAUUGUUGAGUGUUGAGAUCGAAGGAACAUACGGGCGUGUCUAUCGAGGAAGUUAUCACGAGGAAGGUGCUUCCAAGCCAAGAGAUGUGCUUGUCAAAACUGCCGCUGAACACGCGUCCCAGGCACAGAUGGCUUUGCUUCUUCGCGAAGGAUUCUCGCUUCACGGAUUGAGCCACCCAGCACUUUUACCCGUCUGCGGCGUGUCGAUAGAAGAACGUGGCGCACCAUUCUUACUCUAUCCACAUACUGGCUACAAGAAUAUGAAGAGGUUCCUAUUACGUUGCAAGCUCACCAGCGAAGGACCAACUCGCGCCCUCACCACGCAGGAAGUUGUAGAAAUGGCUUUGCAAGUUGCAAAGGGUGUGCAAUAUCUCCACCGCAAACGUCUCGUUCAUCGAGAUAUUGCUGCGCGAAACUGCGUAGUCGACGACGAACUACGAGUGCAAAUCACUGAUAAUGCAUUGGCGCGUGAUCUAUUUCCGCAAGAUUAUUACUGCCUUGGCGAUAACGAGAAUCGACCGAUUAAGUGGCUAGCGAUUGAAAGUCUUCUCAACAAGUCAUUUAGCACUGCCUCAGAUGUGUGGUCUUUCGGAGUUCUACUUUGGGAGUUAACUACGUUAGCGCAACAACCGUACGUCGAAGUUGAUCCAUUUGAAAUGGCGAAUUACUUGAGAGACGGUUAUAGGCUAGCUCAACCUGUCAACUGUCCGGACGAACUAUUCGCAGUCAUGGCUUACUGUUGGGCGAUGUCACCCGAUGAACGGCCCACCUUUAGCCAAUUGAUCGUCUGCCUACAGGAGUUUCACACUCAGCUCACCAAAUACGUUUAAAAAGCGUGAAUUUCUAGCUCUGAUCUAUUUGACUGUGAAUAUUGUGUAAACAGGGAUUGCAAAGGCGUUCUUUUUUUUGCCACAUGAGACUGUCUCAGAUUUUUGCAAUAGAAAGAAAUGAUUUUUUUUUUUCAAGUAAAAGAAACGUUUACCCUUUAAAAAAAAGCAUUUUUUUCUAAUGUACAUUGCAUUGAUUGCGAACUGAUUAGAAAGAAGUAUAUGUUAUUUCUAAAAUUGUAUAUAAAAUGUAUGAUUAAGUGUAUUUUAUUUUCUCUAUCUGCUCCCUGUUUGCAUAUUUAUAAGCACACUGAAUCUUAAUGCGAGUAAUUAAAAUGUUGUUGAGAGGUAAUUUAGAUUAAACAUAAUCAAAAUAAUCAGCUUAGAAAAAUGCAAUUUCAAGACUUUUAAAAUAAGAAUAACAUUGUUGCCAAGUGCUUUUGCAAGACAUUUUUAGAUUGUUUUUUAUUAUGAAAGUAAAAAUCGAGCUUAAAAUAUUAAUAAGAACAAAUAAAAAAGUAUUAAUAUAAAGGAAUAAAUACUAGAUUCAGAGAUUACUAGUAUAACAAUGUUAUUAAAUCUAAGAAUCCCAAAAGAAUUUUUAUUUGUGCGGAAAACUAAAGUUCAAUUUAUACGAUUGUUUUAACAUCUCGCUAUGACUACGUGUGUUUAUUUCUUUAAGAUUGUAAAUAUCUGUACUAUGACUUGGUUUUUUAAGUAAUUUAAGUACUUUGUAUAUUUAAGAUUUGAGAGUUUUAUGUCAUUUUAUAUUUUAAUUUUGUUGAAUCUUGAGAAAUCGAUAUAACACUUUUUAAAAGUGUUGGAUCUCACUUAUAAAAAGUAUCAGCAUUAAGGUUUUCUUUGUUCAGGCUAUUGCCUUAUGUAAAAUUCAUGUGUGCCAAUUGUUCUUCUUUUGUGUUUUUGUAAAUACUUUGAACACAGAAUGUGAUUUCAAUCUUCAUAAUUUGCCAGAGUGCGUAGACAUUCUGUUUAUUUUUGAAUAAGCAACUACAUCACUAAUUACCAUAAAGAUAUUAGCGUGUAAUAUAAAAUAAUCAAUGACCAUUUUUUUACUAUUAUAAUGAUAAAAUUAUAUGAAAACGAUAAUUUUAGCUUUUGCACUCUUGUUGGAAAUUGUGAAGAUUUCUGAAAUCACGAACCGUUUACAUCAUUCUGUAAAUAGAUAGUAAACUUUAAGAUUAAGUACCUUGUACAAAGAGACGAAUAAAAAAGCUGCACAUUGA